CAUCUUAAAACAUUUUUUUUUUUUUUUUUUGAAUUCAAUAUUUCAUUCAUCGGCAAUAAAUGAUUACAUUAAUUACAUUUUAUUUAUAGGAAAAUUGGCAGAUGGUGUUCCAGUUAAACGAGUACUCACUGACAUUCGUAAACAGCUUUCAUCAGAGGAUGGUCCAGUCACACGUCUUCAUUUACUGUCUCGGAAUGAUACACACAAUAUCAAAAGAAGUUUUGAUAUCCACUGCCCAAUUCGAAGGCAUACUGAUGAUUUUGCUAGUGUCAGUUUAAUAGUAAACGAUCUGAAACAACUGGAAGAUGAUCCUAUACUGAUGUUUAAAAAACAAAAAGAAGAAUACCCCGGAUUAAAAGCUGAUGAUUUUGUCUUGAUUAUGCAAACUAAAUUUCAAAGGAAAAUGCUGCAGAAAUUUGGAUCUCAAAUGGUUACUAUCAAUGGUACCCAUGGAACGAAUAAAUACAAAUUUCAGCUUUACACCUUACUGGUUCUAGACGAGUGGAACGAAGGUAUUCCCGUAGCUUUUUGUAUAAGUAAUCGAGAAGAUGAGCAGAUUUUCCGAAUAUUUUUCGAAAAAAUUAAAGAAGCAGCUGGAAUCGUAUCUACAGAGAUAUUUAUGAGUGAUGAUGCCCCUGCAUUUAUCAACGCAUGGGAAAAAGUAAUGGGAAUGCCGAAACGAAGACUGUUGUGCCUUUGGCAUGUACAUAGAAACUGGACAUUGAACCAAAGUAAAAUUAAUAAUCCGAAAAAACAGAAGUUGAUAAUGACCUUAUUACGAAGUAUGUCAGAAGAACUAGAUGAAGAGAAAUUUAAACGAGAGUACGAGCAUAUGCUGUCACAGCUGCAUGAAGAUGAAGAAACUGUCGAAUUUGCGUUAUAUUUACAGCGUCAGUACUCUAAUAAAGUAAAUGCAUGGGCUCGCUGUUUUAGAAAACAUGUGCCAGCACAUACUAACAUGCAUCUCGAAUCAUUACAUCGUGCAAUGAAGUACUAUUACAUGGAUGGACAAACAUGCAUUCGUCUAGAUGAAUCAAUAGAUGCACUUCUGAAUAUAAUUCGAGAUAAAAAAUUCGAUCGUUUGCGAAAAUUCUGUAAAAAUACACCUUACAAGAAGCAAAAACAAACUGAAGAACGGCACAUUAGAAGUAUUGACUUUUUAAAUGCAACAGAAACAAAGAUCAACAUGCACGAAGAUGAAAAUUCUUGGAUCGUAAAUGAUAAAUACGUAGUUACUCGAAUUCCAGAUGUCCCUCAUAUCUGCUGCCGGCGAACUUGUGAAAAAUGCGCGAUUUGUAUCCAUAUGUACUCUUGCAACUGCAUUGAUAACUCAAUCAGUUAUUUCAUUUGCAAACAUAUUCACGCUUGUGUAAUGAGGUAUACAGUGCCAACAAAUUUAGAAAUCGCCUUACCAAUACCAGAAGUAGACGUAGAAAUUGGAUAUGAAACAGAUAUACCACGAACAAUCUAUCGAAAUGAAGAUACCUACGACUUGGAAAAAGAAAUGAACUUGAAAAAUGAUCUCAUUCAGGGAUUCAUACAAACUCGUAAACUAGGAGGUUCGGAAGAUUACAAAACAAUGAUAAAAUUACAAGACAAAAUGAUAGCUUUAUACCAGUCAAUGGAUAAGCCAAAAUGCGUAGAUAAGACGACAAAAGUACAGAAGCAAAGCUUUUUUCCAACAAGGAAAUGCACCAAAAAAAGCAAGCCAACCACAUCAUUACCGUAUGUGUCCAAUGAGCAUAGACAAAUCUUGCAAAAUGGUCUUCUAAGAGGAGAAGAAGAGGCAGUGAAUGUUCACGUAGAUAAUGAUCACGAGUAUUAUAUAGCUGUUUCAGCUUCAGCAGAUCAAUAAAAUAAGAUCGAGAAUACAAGCCACAGAAUAUUUAUUAUUAAAAAUAUUAUAAUAAAUUAAAAUAAAAAAAACGUAUCCAAAAUAGCGUAUGUAAGAACUCUUUUCAGCAACAGAGCAAUAUCAGAGAUAGCAAAGAAAGAUUCUUAUCAAAAAACAAUAACAAAAGGCACAGAGAGAGAGGCAGAAAAAAACUCAGGCUG